GGGUCGACCGAAGGGGGGCGGUGCUGAAGGGAGGGACUCAUUUUCUCAGGGUAUCCUCCUCUUGAGUUUUUGAAAGUCAACCAGAAACUGCAUGUCACAUAUUUCUAUAGCCACCUAGUGUAAUAAAGAAAUGGAUGGAGACCUUAAUCCCCCAUCUUUCGUGGGUGCUGAGUUCCAUCAGAUUCCCAAAUAGGAAAGCCAACAAUUAAAACAAAUUUAUGUAAACAGUGCAUCAUGUUUGUUAGUGGUUCACCCCCUAACUUACGUGGGUAAUGGCACAUUACGAUUUUUAAAAAAUCAUUUAAGAAGACUACGUGCAUUGCUCCAAUGUAAAUAUGAAUGCAACUCGUACAAAGUGCAUGCACUUCUCUUGCUCGGGUGUUGAGUUUUGGAAGUUGACAGGGGCGUGGCGAGCGCGCGUGCAGGGCGAUGACUCUGGAUUCAGUCAUGCAUGGUCACACAAUGUGACAGUCGCUAUGGCUGGGAACGGGAGGCAGAUGCGCUUCGCGGAACAUCAUCUAGUUCAAUUCGCCUCUAAAAACUAGCUUUUUGAGCAAGGCUGGCCUCGAAUCCACGCGCGAAGAAGGGUGAGCUUGAAUAAAGUUGGCUGGCUGGCAGCUUCCAGGAGAGUUCGGUAAGCUGGCACAGCUACUGGGAGUUGGGAACAGGGGAGAGGGGAGGGCUGCUGCUACCUAGGACGCUCUGUAUGAUAUCCAGCGCACUCAAACUAUGACAUCGGUGGCAGCCGGAUAUUGCUUUCAGUAGCUAAGUUUGGCACCCCCUGGCCAAGGUAUGGUGAAGACUUGGUGCAUGUGAACAUCUUUAUUGGCGCGGUAGCCUACAUCCUGGACAGUGUACUAAAUAUAUAUUUGAGCCCUAGUCGAUGGAUUUAUUACCCACAAUACAACAUUUUAACUGUACUUUCUCCUCAGGAUAGAAAUCGUAAAGGAUGGGCGACUGGAGCUUUCUGGGGCGGCUGUUGGAGAAUGCGCAGGAACACUCGACGGUGAUCGGCAAGGUGUGGCUGACGGUCCUCUUCAUCUUCAGGAUCCUGGUGCUGGGGGCGGCGGCGGAGGAGGUGUGGGGCGACGAGCAGUCCGACUUCACCUGCAACACGCAGCAGCCCGGCUGCGAGAACGUCUGCUACGACGAGGCCUUCCCCAUCUCGCACAUCCGCUUCUGGGUGCUGCAGAUUAUCUUUGUGUCCACGCCCACCCUCAUCUACCUGGGCCACGUGCUGCACAUCGUCCGCAUGGAGGAGAAGCGCAAGGAGAAGGAGGAGGAGCUGCGCAAGGCCAGCAGGCUCCAGGAGGAGAAGGAGCUCCUCUUUAAGAACGGAGCGGGCGGAGGAGGGGACGCCGGCGGCGGGGGAGGCGGCGGUAAGAAGGAGAAGCCGCCGAUCAGGGACGAGCACGGGAAAAUCCGCAUCAGGGGGGCGCUGCUGCGCACCUACGUGUUCAACAUCAUUUUUAAGACCCUGUUUGAAGUGGGCUUCAUCUUAGGCCAGUACUUCCUGUACGGCUUUCAGCUGCGGCCGCUGUACAAGUGCGCGCGGUGGCCCUGCCCCAACACCGUAGACUGCUUCAUCUCCCGGCCCACAGAAAAGACCAUCUUCAUCAUAUUUAUGCUUGUGGUGGCUUGCGUGUCCCUUUUGCUGAAUUUGUUAGAGAUCUAUCACCUUGGAUGGAAGAAGGUCAAGCAGGGCAUGACCAACGAGUUUGCCCCCGGGCGCGGGUCGCCGCCCCGCACCGACGCUGAGCCGGAGUCCGCGACCCCCGCCCCGAGAACUGCCCCUCCAAACCUCAGCUACCCGCCGAACUACACGGACGUGACCGCGGGGGGCGCGUACCCCCUGCCGGCCGCCCCGGCGGCCGAGUUCAAGAUGGAUCCUCUGCAGGAGGACCUGCAGGAGGCGCCCUCCUCCUUCUACAUCAGCAACAACAACAACCACCGGCUGGCCUCCGAGCAGAACUGGGCCAACCAGGCUACCGAGCAGCAGACUCGGGAGAGGAAUCCAGGCUCCCCUUCCCCCUCCUCUUCCUCCUCCUCCUCGUCCUCAACCUCCAGCGUCCGAGAUGAGCUGCAGCAGCCGAAGGACGCCGCCUCCACCUCGAGCGGCGGGGGCUGGGGCGGAGGGAAGGGCCCGUUGGAAGAGGGUCACAUGACCACCAUGGUGGAGAUGCACGAGGCGCCCGCGGCGGUAACGGCGGUAACGGCGGUCACGGACGCCCGGCGGCUCAGCAGGGCCAGCAAGAGCAGCAGCGUCAGAGCCCGGCCCAACGACCUGGCGGUUUAGCCCCGCUCCCACCCCGCCGCCCCCCGUUUUUAUAUUCAGUCGCGUAAAACCGCAGAUGAAAAGCAGCAGCGAGGCAGGGCACUGGAAUUGGGGAGCUCUCCAUAUAAAUCUGUGAACAGCAAAGUGAACUGCAGUGCAAUCGGUGAGUUGUAGCUUAUCCUGGACAGGGUUGGUGUUCCUAAGCACAGGUUUACACAGACAUUGAUGUGACAGAAUGGGUGGGGGGGGGGGGGGGGUGCAGGGCGUGAAGGCUAGAGGGAGUACUACAACUGGCUGGGAUUUCAGCACUGUUUUUCAUGUGAGGGAAAUCUGGAGAUAUGCAAUUAUGUUUCUUAUUCUUACUGUUUGUAUUUAUUGUAAUGGCUUCAGGUUUUUGGACUGAUAAGCUUUGGUCGGACAUCCUAUGGUUGGUGUUUCUAUACAGUACUGUAUGUUGCAGUUAUUUCAGUUCAUGAAGUAAAUUUAGUGUAGCCUAUGAAGACCUAUGAAAAAUGGGAAAUAUUCAUUCUGCAGUUUAGCUGAGCAGACCUGGAAUGAACUAUGUUUCAAAGGAGGCACUAAAACAAGGCAUGCAUGCAGAAGAGCAGGAGGAGGCAGUUCUAAUGAAUGUUAUGAAGACCUUACAGUGACGCCUUUGCCGCUGGGCUGGGAGCAGUGGCUGUUAGGCAUUGGGCUCUCGGUGUUGUUGCUGUUGUUUGUCUUUCUCUUUUAAGAAAAAGCAAUGAUGCUGUCACUGCUGUUACAUCAGGGCAAAUUAUUUCAGUCUUGAAAGAGGAUCUUGUAUUCCAUUGUCAGUUAGAUCAGUUUGUUGAUACGUAUGUUGUCACACGCACACAAGCACUCACGCACACACACACACACACACACACACACAUAUACACACACAAGCUUGGAAAUGCACACCCCAAAUGAUGCUCAUGUUUGCAGUGUUUUACAGAAUUAAUGGUCCCACAAAAUAUGCAGCAGCAAUAAAAACAACAGACACCUAAAAGACACCUACAGUACAGACAUCUCAGUAGAGUGCAUCUUAAGCAAAAAGUUUUUGGGUGUUAUUGAAGUCUUUCAAUAAUGAUAUAAUUAGAAACUUGCCUUGUAUUAUUUUUAUUUAUUCCUGCCAAAGUAUACAAGUUAUUUCUCCUUAUAUAUAGUUAUCUACUUUUCAAUGUUGUGUUGUGAUUUUAAUCUUUGGGGUUUUUUCCUUACAUUCAGGAAAUGGAUCAGCUAACAGUUUGAGAAGACUACUUUUACUCAUUUUACCACUUGUUUUUUUGAAUGUAGGCGAAAUCUGUCAAUGUGAAACUACAACUCACUGAUUCACCAUCAGGUCUGCUAGCACGUUUCUUGGUUUUAUCCACUGUCAGCCAAUCACUAAGCUUGCCACAGGGUGGUUGACCAAUGGCAGGGCAUCUGAUAGAGUUGAGGGAGGGGUCAAUCUUCAUUGGUGAAAUAAAUCAUACAUAUCGAUAGAAACUUUUUUUGAAAAAAACUAAUUUAAACAGGGUUUUUAUUUUGGAGUGUAAAACACAGGGGAGAUAAAUUGAAAACUAUGCUGGACUGUGGGUGGAAAUCAAGAACUGACAUGUGCCACUGCACUGUCCUGCUGUUUAUCAUUUUUAUAUGCAGAAAAUUCAGAUUCUGUUUUGUGCCACAAAUCUGAACACUGCCUCAAAACUACAGGUGCCAUGAUUCCAGGACCCGCUGCUACUCUUCACUACUGCUUUUAAAAGGAAAAUAUUAUUUAGCCAAAGAGAGAGAAUCAGUUUCUUGUAGAUCUCUUUGAAAAUAAAGCACAUGCAAGUCCAAAGUGCUGAAAGAAAGUGCAGUAUGAGAUCAUCAGGCUGUAGGGUCAGUGGGAGUGAAUUAGAAACACAGAUUACUAGACUGAAGAUGGAGUCUCCUUUGACUAAUUACAGCCCAAUUGUUCAUCUGCCAGAGUAAACGUACUUUCAGUCACUCAUUGCUGUGACAGACCUGUGGCAAACCUUACAUGAAAAACAAUAUCCAAGCCAAAUAAAACUGUGAAAACCCCUGCCAAAAAACUCUGUUAGAUAAGAAUAUACCUUUACGUAUGUUCAUAUGUUUUGCAGAUUUCUUGGGAGGUGUAUUAUUUUUUAAUCAGAUUUAAUCAAAUUGUUUUGUGUUCAGGCAAGAAAGCAUACCACCAGAAUUGACAGUGAUGAUAUAGUUUUUGACAUAAGAUAACUGUCUAAUGCAAUCAUUCUAAUGCAAUUUUAAUCAUUGGAUCUUCAUGUAGAGAGUAAUUUGUGAACAGAAAAGUAAACACCCCCAUUAUAUGUGAUGCCUUAAAUAUUGGGUUUAUUUAUAAAAGUGCUAUUUUUUUAAAGGUAUUUGAGGUUAUGACAAGAUGAGAUUUGCAUAACUGUAGUCAGUAAGAAAUGACUGGUUGAUAUUUUUUGUAAUUGCAACUGAAUUUGGCAUCUGAUGGACAAGUGCUAUAACCAUAAAGUGUCCCACUUCUGAUGAGCUGUCCAACCCCACCUCUUCCCUGUUUUUUUUGUGUUUCAGUUUAUAUUUAUAGUAUUUUCUGACUUCCCAACUAUUACCAGCAAUUACUACUACUUCAAUGGACAAACAUUUGCACAGUUUUCCAUCUUGAAAAUGCAAUGCUUAAUUUGUAAGAUUCUAAAGUUCAGAGUUCAGAGACCUAAAUACAGUGUGCAAAAUCAAUGCACAUGAAAACUAUUAUAACAGUUCUUGAGCAAAAUUUUUAAAAUCAAUUUUCUGCUUCCGUCUUCAGGAUACCAAAAUAUUUUUUUUUACAAAGUAACGGUGCUAAAGUAUUUGUUAUCAUAUUUUUACAUAUUCUUUACAUUUUGACUAAAUGUAAUGUUGCACACAUUAAUAGUCAUAAAAGCUGAUGAACACAUUGAAAAAUAUACACCAAAGUCAUAUAUUCAAGAUUUUUAAAAAUCAUAAUCGACAGCAUGAACAGAUACUACUUCCAGAUACAUUCUGUCAGAUGGGAGGUUUUGCAAAUCUUGUUCAUGACCGUAAUACGUUCCCAAAAAUAAGAACAAUUUUUUUCCAGGUGUAUGUAUUCUUUUAUUUCCACUUGUUAAUGUAUUAAAAACACCAAAAAGUGUGUUAUCUUGUCAUUUUGGUUCUUAAAGUUUACAUUUUAGUAUAUAGAUGAAGAUUUGCACAUUUAGACAAAACGUUGUAUGAAGGUUAAACUGGUUUAGAAGAAAAAAACAGAAAUGGACAUCAGAUUCUGCCGAUGUUUCUGACACCUUAAAGGAAAAUGUCUUACUAGUAAACACAGCAGCUCUUCACAUUAAAGACAGUACUACAAAAAUGACAUCUAAUGUGAUUUUAAAAAUAUAACUUGUUGAAUAUGAUACCUUAAGUUGACUAUUUGUUGAGUUCAGGACUCUUAACUUUGUCUGAAACAACUGCAGAACGUUUGGAUAUUUGAAACGAAAAAUGGCCUGGAGAUUGUGAGUAAUUUCUGUGUGCUUUCCCAUUGCUUUUAAAAUCUUCUCAUAACACCUCUGUGAUGUUGUAGCAACGGUAUCGUGUCACUACAAUGUCACACGUUGAAAGAAUGUUAUGUGUUACCUUGGUAGUAAGACUUCCAACUGCAGCUUAAUAUUAAGCAAUUUUCUUGAACCCUGGGGCCAAUGUAGAAGCCCCCCCCCCCAAACACACUCCAAGCUCCCCCCCCCCUCAAAUGCACAUACACACAGCCGCUUAUAUGUUACUCCUGAAAGGAAAAGGAUGUUCUUUUGUGGACUUUUGGAAUUUCUCGGGCCAAUCAGGGUGUAGGAACCAUCUCCACAUACAGCCUGCUUCAGUGCUGUCUUAAGAGAAGUGCCUUCUGUAUAAAAAUUUUGUAAGAACAAGUUGAUGUAAAUG